GUAUAAUUCAUCAACAACACUCUCACAUCUGAAUACAAAAGCAUUCCUCGCACAGCAAUCUCAAUUGUUCUUCUGAACACUUCCUUGUUCCCCACGUCCACCAAAAUGCUUCGUGUCUCUGCUAUCUUCAUGGCCUGCCUCCUUGUGGCGACCGCUGCCCCUACCACCCCUGAGAAAAGCAACGCUUGUCUCUCCAUGUGUCUGCAGGAGAAACCUGCUUGCGCUAGUGAUGAACAUCCAACUGGCUCUGAGGGCUGCUGGGGUUGCUGCCAGAAAAUCGAAGCAGUAGCUGCCCCUGUCCAGAGCGAGUCAUGUCUCUCAAUGUGUCAACAGGAGAAGCCUAGUUGUGCUAGCGAUGAGAAACCCACUGGCUACGAGGGCUGUUGGGGCUGCUGCCAGAAAGUCAAGCCAACUGCGCCUGUCAAGAAGGAGAUGUGUCUCUCCAUGUGUCUGAAGGAGAAGCCUGCUUGUGCCAGUGAUGAACACCCAACUGGCUCUGAGGGCUGUUGGGGCUGCUGCCAGAAGAUCUGAACAGCGAACAACCAAUGACUGAUCUUGGGAUCAUCACAUCAAAAGUA